CCCAGCAUAUGCACAGCCUCAUCCUUAUGAUUAUAUGCUGCUCGUUCCAAAGUUCAAUCAACCGUGAUCAAUGAUUCCUGACGAAGCUUAUUUCCGACAAGAUGGCAAACUUUGUUCAUCGGUUUCCCAUUCGUGUUAUCACUAAAGUGUCAAAGAGAUUGCAGCGCAAUUAUUAUUCUAAUCAUGGUUCACCUGUCUUGAGCUGCCACCCUCCACAUAUCCAAUCCCAUCAAAUGAUAAACAUCAAUCCACUGGUGAAGAUACUGCAGACAUCCCCUUCAUAUCUGGCUGUGAAAUGUGCACACCAACUUCAGUUCAUCAAUUUCUUGAGCAGUGAUUCUGCUAUUCUUGAUGAAGAUGACAUCAAUGUCUAUUAUGACAGUUUGGUGAAGCGCAUCAACAGUGGUGAUAUACAACUUAUCGAUGUCAGAGAACCAGCAGAGCUUGCAGAAUUUGGACAAAUUACUAAUUCUGUCAAUAUCCCAUUGGGUGACUUAGCAGAUGCACUGAAGUUGCCUGAAGAUAAGUUCCAGGACAAAUAUCAAUGCAGUAAACCCAAAUCUAGAGAUGAUAACAUUGUAUUCCACUGCAGGAGUGGGAAGCGCAGUCAGACAGCAGUGAACAUUGCCAAAGAGAUUGGAUAUUCUAAGGCACGCCACUUUCCAGGGGGCUGGCUACAGUGGGCUGAGAAGAACAAUCUUCCCUUUGCAUGAAAGCUGAAAAUAAAGUGACCCAUGAAGACUUAAGACAGAAGAUUAACACGUUGAUAAACUGCUCUUCCACGAGACUGAAAAUGAGUUAUUAACCUUCUAAAAAUCAUGUGUUACAAAACAUGAAAAUGCAUCAAGGGUUUGUGCUUUAAUGUGCAUUUUGUUUCCUGAUGAACUGAACGUGCCAAACUGUGGAUGUACAAUCAACAUCUGUGACUUCUUGCAAAGCUUGUGGAUGUACAUGUUAAAUACCACACGUAGCCUGUGUUACAUGCUGUCUUAGCAAAAGGUUUGAAAUGAAUCUUUUCUAUAAAUACAUGUAUACCACCAAAAUUGCUUUUUUGUGAACAGUGAACUUUAUUUAAAUUCCACGAUAGCGAAAUUCAUAUACAUCUUGAAAUGAGAUACAUGUACCAAAGUUUCAAUAAGUCCAUGUAAAUUACAUGUAGUUGGACUCUAGAAUCUUGUGUUCGUUGUUGCAGGGUCUUAUUUGCUCUUUUACAGUCAUGAA